AUGAGUCUCCUCGGGAGCUACCGAAAAAAGACCAACAAUGAUGGCUAUGAAUCUUUGCAGCUGGUGGACAGCAACGGUGACUUCUGCAGCAGCCGGGAGCGAACCGGCGGCGUCGGCGGCAACCUCGGCAAACAAGGGGUGAUCCCCGCGGUGGUAGCAGCAGCCAGGAGCCCAGCGCGACAGCAUCAGCAUCAGCCGCUCGACUGCAGCACCAUGGACAGCUCAGGUGCCUCUUCUCCUGACAUGGAGUCUAGCUAUGGGGGAGGAUUAUUGGACAUGAUGAAAGGUGGUGCAGGGAGACUCUUCAGCAACUUAAAGGAUAACUUGAAAGAUACUCUAAAAGAUACUUCUACUAAAGUGAUGCAAUCUGUUGCAAGCUAUGCCAAGGGAGAACUUGAUAUUUCUUAUAUUACCUCAAGAAUUAUUGUGAUGUCAUUUCCGGGUGAAGGAGUCGAACUGGGAUUUAGGAAUCAUAUUGACGAUGUGCGGACAUUUCUUGAUUCAAGGCAUCCUGAUCAUUACACAGUUUUCAAUUUGUCACCAAAGUCUUAUCGUACUGCACGGUUUCAUAAUAGGGUAUCUGAAUGUAGUUGGCCAAUUAGACAAGCACCAAGUCUCCAUAAUCUCUAUGCUGUUUGUAAGAAUAUGCAUAACUGGUUGCAGCAGAAUCCCAAAAAUGUUUGUGUCAUUCACUGUAUGGAUGGUCGUGUGGCGUCAGCAGUCUUGGUCAGUGCAAUGUUCUGUUUCUGUCAUCUCUUUUCUAAUCCAGCGUCUGCUGUUCAAUUGCUAAAUUCAAAGAGACCUGGAGUAGUACUCUGGCCAUCCCACAGAAGGUAUUUAGGGUAUAUUUGUGAUCUAAUAGCAGACAAACCUGUCCAGCCUCACUGCAAGCCUAUAACCAUCAAAUCAGUCCUCCUUAGUCCAGUGCCCUGUUUCAACAAGCAGAGAAAUGGCUGCCGACCUUUCUGUGACAUCCUUAUUGGAGAAACUAGAAUAUUUACAACAUCACUGGAAUAUGAAAGAAUGAAGGAAUUCCGUGUUCAAGAAGGAAAAGUUGUUAUUCCACUAGGAGUCACUGUCCAUGGUGAUGUAGUUGUUUCUGUCUACCAUAUGAGAUCCACCAUUGGGGGACGGCUGCAAGCUAAAAUGACAAACACACAAAUGUUCCAGAUUCAGUUUCACACUGGAUUUGUACCUCUGGAAUCAACAACAUUAAAAUUUACUAAGCCUGAGCUGGACGCAUGUGAUUCACCAGAAAAAUAUCCCCAUCUCUUCCAUAUCAUUGUGGAGGUGGAAGUAGAUUCGACUGAUAGGCAGACUGACUUAACUCCUCCAUGGGAGAAUUUCACCACAAAAGACAUCAACCCAAGCAUUCUUUUCUCAUCGCCUCAGGAACAUCAAGACACUCUUGCUCUGGCAGGUAGAAGUUCUGUAGAUGCAGUGCAAGAUAACCUAAAGAAUGUUGGCCAGGGUGCAUUCUUGUCAUCUCUCAGCUGGCAAGAUCAAAAGGCAGAAAGAACCAGUUCUCAUCCCAGCUCUGAGGACAGGGCAGCACUGGUCCAUGAAGAAAGCGAGCAAUCUGAUGACGAACUCUUAUCCCUCUCCAGUCAGCACAGUGGCACUAGCACUGACAAAAUUCACAGCACUUCAAAGCACAGCAAAAAGCAGCCAGAGAAGCCAGGCCCACCUCCACAAGAGGAUGUAGAUCUUUUAGGUUUGGACGGCACUCCUAUGAACUAUCCGGCAGCCCCCACUGCACCACCAUCUAACUCAGACUUGCUGAGUGACCUUUUUGGGGUUGGAAAUUCUGGAGGAUUAAAUCAAGGCGGUCAGGGAGCUGUUGAAGAUGUCUUUCAGAUGGGUGGAACUGGUUCAGCACAGUCAACUCCACGGCGGCCUGCAUCUUCAGCCUCCCCAUCGUUGUCCCCAAGAAUAGGAGAAGCAUCUGCCUUUGACCCAUUUGGGGGUAGUCCUAAGCAACCUGUCCCAGAUCUUUUAGGCUCUUUCCUUUCAUCAAAUGCCAAAAGUGAUCCUUUUCUUCAAGCAACAAGAAGUCCUUCACCUACAGUGCAAGGGGAUCCUUUUAACAUGGGUCCUUCCAGUACACCAACUGUUUCCAUUCAGCCAGAUAUUUCAGGAGACUGGGAAUGGCCUAGUAAAUCAGGUAUGGUGAGCAAAUCAACUGCUUCCAGCCCUACAGGAUCAUUGCACAACACCCCCACACAUCAAGCCAAACCACAAACUCUGGAUCCUUUUGCUGACUUGGGAGCUCUUGGUGCAAAUCUAGCAGGUUGACCGAUGAUUGCAUGGCCCAAACACAUGUGUAUUCCAAAGUGCAUGUUCAUAUAACAGUCUGCUAUUAUUAAUGUCUGUUGCCUGCUUCUCCAGAAUGAAUAACCAACAUCAAUCCAUGAAUGGCAGAUAACAAAAUGUUGCUGCUUUCCUAGCUCUCAGUAUUUCACACGGAGCCCUAGACAAAUGCUAA